UACUGAAUUUCAAGUGUAAAUAACACAGUCGCUGGCAAACUUACGAUAAGAUGAAACGUUUAAUAAUCUUUUUGUUCGCAACUAAUGCAAUUUCUUGUAAUAAUAUUCACAAAGAUUUCCAAAAAUCGAAUGAUUUAUUCGCUGCUUCCCUCUAUAAAGAAAUUGUCAAGGACCCCAAAUAUGCGGGCAAAAACGUGCUCAUAAGCCCGCUGUCUGCUGAAACAGUGUUGGCUUUGGCCCAGUCUGGGUGUGGCGAUGAAACAAGCCAAGAAAUCCGAACUGUUCUCCAUCUACCAAACGACCAAAACCAAAUUGAGAAUUUGUACAAAACUGUGCUCCCAACACUGGGCGUCCAAAGUGCCAAUAAAAUUUACGUCAAGGAAAAAUUCACAAUCCGGUCCGAAUUUACGAAAAUUGCAAAGGAAGUGUUUGGCUCCGAUUGCGAAAAUGUGAAUUUUUCCAAGGAGGAAGCGGCUGGGAUUAUGAACCAAUGGGUUGAGCAGCAAACCGGCAAAAAAAUCCGCGAUUUGAUCAGUCCUGGUGUUUUGAAUAACAGGACCCGCUUGGUUUUGGUCAAUGCUUUGCACUUUAAGGGGGAAUUUUCAGUCCCGUUUCCGCCAGGAUUCACUUAUAAGGAAAAUUUCUAUGCGGGAAACUCGCAAAUACAAGUGGAAACCAUGCACAACCCAAGUGGGGCAAAAUAUUUAUAUUUUGAGUGUCACCAUUUGAACGCCAAAUUCCUGGAAUUGCCGUUUCAAAAUGAGGCUUCGAUCACUUUUAUUUUGCCUAACGAAAAAAACGGUUUGGCCGCACUUGAGGCACAAAUCGGUCGGGUUUUGGUGCCUCAUAAUGUCACUCGAGACUUGGUGGAAGUUUCUUUGCCCAAAUUCACAAUCGAGAGUGGUUUCGAGUUGAAAAACGUUUUGCAAAAUUUAGGUGUUAGCAAGGCUUUUAACGAGGCUGAAGCCGAUUUGAGCGGAAUUGCUGGAAAUAAGGGCGAUUUGGUCGUUGAUAGUGUGAAUCAGAAAACGUUUGUGGGGGUUGAGGAGGGGGGUGUGGAAGCAGCAGCUGCCGCUUUUGCCAGUAUUCCAGUUCCUCCAAGUGCCGUAGUCGAGCCUUCGAAGCACUUUAAGGCCGAUCACCCCUUCCUGUUCUAUAUUAAAAUUAAGGGGGUUAUUGCCUUCCUCGGAAGAUUUUUAACACCGAAUUGAAUAUCUUGUACAACAAAAUAAAGCCGGGUAACAGAUCGA